AUGAUACCCAGGGUCAAGUUCCUCUCCACGGGCGUGGUCUCGAGCUCAUUGGCGCAUGGUUUGAGCCCGUUCACGGAGAAUUGGCAUGAGCUUGCGAAUGCUAUCGGAGGGAAGGCAAGAGAACGGGCAGGACGGGAAGAUGCAGUAAGUAGCACCGCGGAGCCCCGGCCGAACCCACUUUCAGGAGCGGACCCAGGGACCAGGCUCGGCUGGCUCGACCUCGAGAUUGAGGACGGAUGGCCGUUGCCCCAAUCCAUGUUGAACAUGGCCGAAUCCGGUGAUCUCCACAUAUUUACGCAAGGUGAGGACAAAUGGGAGAGACACCAGGAGGGCGUUGCAAGAGACUACGAGCGGCGGCCCCCUGGUUACCCGCUCGGCCUGGUGAAGCGAUCACAGCGACGUCCAAGGACAGAGGCUCGAUUGGUCCCUGACCGGGUCGGGUUUCCAGCCUAUUGCGUGCUGCAACGACGGCCUCGGGCUGUGAAUGGCCCAGAAGUCUUGGGACGAUAUGGGCCUGUCCUGGUCAACGCGGCGAAUGGGAGAGGGAGUUGGCCCCGGGAAACAGAGUUUGACAUCCACUUCUGCGCCACUUAG